UGGUGUACUGCUGUGUGUUUGGAGCCAUACUCGGAAAAAUGGGAAAAAACGGAAAGGUUCUUCUCAAAUUCUUCAAUGGCAUAACCAUCAUUACCAUGAAGAUGGUUAGCAGAGUGAUGCUGUACUCACCGAUCGGAAUUCUCACUCUGAUAGCGGGGAAGAUUCUGGCUGUGGAAGACCUUGCAGAGACAGCUCAACAUCUUGGGAUGUACAUGGUCACUGGCCUGACUGGUCUCUUCAUCCACGCUGUCUUUAUCAUUCCGUUGAUAUAUUACAUCUUCACAAGGAGGAAUCCCUUCAGAGUAACUCUAGGAAUACUUCAAGCUCUUGUCACAGCUCUUGGAACAGACUCAAGCUCAGCCACUCUCCCUGUGACAAUACGCUGUUGUGAAGAGAAGCUAAAGAUUGAUAAGACAAUCACCCGUUUCGUGCUGCCAAUUGGAGCGACCAUUAAUAUGGAUGGGGCAGCUAUGUUCCAAGUCAUUACUCCUGUGUAUCUGGCUCAGCUCAACAGGAUCAAUCUAGAUUUUACACAGAUGGUCACACUAGGUCUUGCAGCAACUCUGGCCAGUAUUGGAGCAGCAGGAAUUCCCGGCACUGGACUCAUUAUCACCAUGAUGGUCAUGUCUUCCGUGGGACUGCCAAUCAAAGACCUCUUCAUGAUAAUGGCUAUCGAUUGGUUCUUAGGCCGCAUGAGGACAAUAACCAAUGUAAGUGGUGACUGUUUCGCAGCGUCUGUUCUCCAGCAUCUCUUCAAACCUGGCGCGGGAGGUGAGGCCUCUAACAAGCAGGAUGGAAACACAGCUGCAGCCGAGGCCAAGAUGUUAGAAGACGAGGAUGUUGUAUAAAGUUAUAUGUGGUCAAAUACAAAUGUGUAAACGAAACACGUUUUCAAUAUGUUCUGUAAAUUAAAAUCUAGUGUCAAU